AUGAGAAAAGGAGGACGUGAGAGUAUAUCAAAGGAAGAAGGAGUCAUGGCUACAGAUUUCUUCUGGUCUUACACUGAUGAGCCUCAAGCUUCAAGAAGACGUCAGAUUCUCUCUCUCUAUCCUCAGAAUCAGAUCAAAGAACUCUUUGGUACUGAGGUUUUUCUCAAGGUCUUUCAUCUUUUAUCACUGUUAGAUCUAUUAUUUUUCUUAAUCCUCUUUAUUUAUGAUAAUGUGUUUGAAGAUAUACAUCACAUGAACGAAUUAGUAAACCAAAAUCAGCCAACUUAUAACUCAUGUGAAGUUAUGAUAUCCAAUUUGCCAAUCUGUGUAUCAAUGUCGGUGACCUUCCAAAAAUACCAUCUUCAGCAUCACCGGUUCCAAGGAGUAGACAGUGUUGAUAUGGACGUGCCAACCUAUACCAAAGCUCACUUAGUAACAAACAUAUUUGCCAAAACAUUUUGGGAUUUGUUACAACUCUUAUUUUACGCUCUUAUACCAUUAUUCAUCAAACCAAAACCACGUUAUUGGGAAUUUGUCAACUUUAUUAUUCAGAUAGUAGAUGUAUCUGUGUUUCUCUUCUUGGGAUGGAAAUAUUUUGCGUAUUUAAUCUUCUCGACGUUUGUUGGAGGCAGAGUGCAUCCAGUAGCUGGACAUUUUAUCUCAGAACAUUAUGGUUUUAACCCAAACCAAGAGACUUAUUCCUAGUAUGGUCCAUUGAAUCUGCUUACAUUGAGUGUUAGAUACCAUAACGAGCACCAUGAUUUUCCGAGGAUACCGCAAAAUAAGCUACAUAAGUUGAAAGAGGUAGCAGGAGAGUAAUGUGAAGGAUUGAAGUCGUAUAAGUCAUGGUCACAAGUGAUAUAUAACGCGGAUAAAACAAUUGGACCUUUUAGCAGAACGAAGAGAAAAUUUUCACAACAGCUACACAUAAUAAGUCUUGAAUAG